AAAUUCUUGUUCUUCUUGUUCCCCAAACUUUCUGAAAAUUCUGUACUCUGCUAAGAGAGAGGAAGUAGAGAGAUAAAAUUAUGGAGUUUGUACUAGAACAUGGCAAGAAAUCUCACUCCGAAUGCUCCACUUUAAUACUGCCAGCUUUAUCAAUAGGAAAUGUGGGACAAUUAGCAGUAGAUUUGUUGAUAUCAUCAACUGGUACUGAGAAAAUCGGGUAUUUGGAUGAUCCGAAUAUCUUUCCUUGCGUUGGUAAUGACGCUUUUGGCCCUCUUCCUCAUGGAGACCUUGCUCUCCCCCUUGAAGUGUAUGAUUCAGUUUCUUGUAACUUGACUUAUGUCCAACAAAGAUCUCCUGUAGUUAAGGGAAUGAUGGUUCAAUUUGCCCAAAAUUUGGCUGAUUUUGCCAUUGCUGCUGGAAUGAAGCAUGUUAUUGUGCUUUCAAGCUUGGACUUUGGGCGGUGGAAAAAGGUCGAUAUGUCAAGUGGAAUGCCUAUACAUUACCUCUCAAGCACCAAUGCAGAUGGAAGUGACAAUGAUUAUGAAAAGCUUGGAUGGAAACGACUGCAAGAGUACAGUCCCUCUCAAGGGCGAUGGCAGUAUCUUAGUACAGUUGCUGAAGGCAAUAUUGUUGAGGAAAGUUCUGUUCCUUUUAAUGAUGAUCUAGAAAAAGAUGAAGAUUAUUAUGCCAGUUUGCCUUUUGCUGCACUAUUUUCUUGCUUCAAGGCGAGAGGAUUGAAAGUGACUUGCUUGCUCUGUUACUGUUCUGAAGGAGAUAACAUAUGCGACUCCUUUAAUCUUGCUGAGGCUGCAUGCAAAAUUUCAGGACUGCGCCUUAGUGAUUGCCACGCGGGUGAAGAUAGAGAGUGGAUCACCCCACUUUCAUGGAAGAGCGUGUAUGGACCACCUCCAGACAUGGAGAUGUUCUAGGCUGAUUGAAGUUGGAAAGCGUAGCCCUCCUUGGACAUCUGAGAAGGUAUACUACCUUACGGCCUUCGAAACAAGUUUCUCACAAGUCGUAGCGAAAUACAUGUUGAACCCUAUGUUCAUUAGUUUGCAAAUCCAAGUACAAGAAAACAUGAUCCAGCUGCAAAGGAGUUGAAUUUACAACAAAGCUUCUGUGGCUGAGGUUGUUUCGUUAGGUACUCUUCCUUAAUCACCAUGUGAAUUGGAAUUGUAUGGUACAGUCCUUAUAUACAGUUUACAGUUCUGCCUCUGUUCUAUUAUGUAUCGGUUUUGAUUGUUAACAUAGUAGGCAUAUUUCUUUGUUAUUUUUUGAAACCCGGCAUAGUUCUUUGUUUCUUGUUAAUCCAUUAGUUUACCUUCUGGGUUGCAGAGUUGCUUUCGUUUGGUUUA